AUGAUUUUCGAAAUAUUCCUGCGUGUAAACGACUUACAUAAGAUGGAGGUCCCAGUAAUCCUGGCCGCUGAUCGUAACUCGGAUUCUGCUACUUCACAACAAGACGUUUGCGUUUGGAAGCAUUCGGACUUUCAAGCGGAUCAGUAUUUGCCGAGUGUCGUAAUUAUACGCAUCUCCGGCUACGAUUCAAGGAUAUUGUGGUACCACAACGUCACACAACACAUGCCUGACAAUGUUUCUCGAGCGACUCCGGACCACAAAGGAAGCGCGAAGUCUGCUUUUUGUGUUCCAACCGCACUGAAAACAAUCAAAAUCGAACCGGUGCAUAACGAAAUAAGUAUUGUCGAAACUCGAACUUUCCCAAGAGUCGCCAAGUUGGCUCAUGGGGUGGCCAACCUGGCCGACGUCCACAAGCUGAAAGACUUCCAGAAACAAGCAAUGCGAAUCGCCACACUCCCCAAAAGUUUUCACACGAAACUGGAAAUGAUCGAAUUAGACAUCUUCGUGGGCGGAACAAUCAAUUGGGCACAGCGCGUGAAAUCCGAAUGCAGAGAGAACUCAGUUCCUUUGAGACAAUUUUACAUAGACUACAAGUACCAUAUGCUCCGUGAAGUUGGAUACGAAUUUUUGGAAGGAGAGGAAGGAGUUAUGAAUGAAUCAACGCUAAAAUAA